UUGGUGACCCCAGCUAAACAUAUUCGCCCACUGCUGUGUCCGUUGCUCCUGGUUUGCUAACGGCUACAGUAGCUAGCUUUAUAUAUAUUUUUAAAAAUCCGUAAACAACAAUAACAUAUCAUCAAAUUAUGGAAGGCCGUGGCUACAGUUCAGGAGGAUACUCGAGCUGGGGAGGAGGGUCGGGGAGCCGAGGCUCAGACAACUAUGACUCAUAUGGAGGGGGCUACAAGGACUCCAUGUCAGGGAUGGGGGGCUACGGAGGGGGGCACAAGAGGGGUCUCUCUGGGAGCUCUCUGUUGUCAACGGGGACCAGUGCAGACGCUGUCAUCGCUAAGAUCAACCAACGCCUUGACAUGCUGACCCAGCUGGAGGGAGGCAUGAAGGGUGGGGGGCGCAGCGACAGGUUUGACCAAUACGAGUCGUUCGACUCGCGGGGCCCCUCCUCCCUCCCCUCCCGGGAUCUCUACAGAUCCGGUAGCUAUGGUUACGGCGAUGGCCGAGGGGACAUGACCCAAAGAGCUUCAGGCUUCGGAGGAGGUGGUGGUCUAGGCUCAGGCUUUGACAGCUCCUCCUCCUACGGAGCUGCUAAGAUGCAGCGGCAGAACAUGAGAGACUCCUUCUCCAGUGGCCAAGGAGGAGGAAGCUGGGCCGGAGCAGGCCAGCGCUCCCCGAGGAGGGGGGGAGGCCGCGGAGGGUUUGGAGGCCGCAGAUCCGACCCCACUCCCAUGGGUGGAGGUGGUGGUAGGAUGGGUGGAAGAGGAGGAGGCCGGGGAGGUGGCGGUCACUCCCCUGGGGGUAGGGGCAAGCUCCCAUCCCUCCUGGGUCACCGCAUGCCCCACCAGACCGGGGCCUUCCACCAGUCCGCUCAACAGGGCCGGGUCCCUGGGCACCAGGACUUCCCCGGGCGCCACUUUGGAGGGGGCCCCCAGGGAGGCCACCAGCGCGGGCGCAAGAGGCCCCUCAACCGACAGCAGCAGCAGCCUGGUGGUGGUCAGCGUGACGGUCAGAAGAAGAGAAAACAGACUCUGACCGCAGCAGAUGAACCAGAGUCCAAGAUGAACAAGACAGAGACCGCUGAAGAACCAGCAGAGAACAACGGUGAAGAAAAUGAGGCAACCAAAGCCCCAGCUGAUGGAGAGAAAGUGGUGUCGAUGCAGGAGGAGAUCUCUCAGAUGAAGAAGAAGCUCCAGACAGGGAAACAGACUCCUCCCCAGGACAAGGUCCCCAAAAACAGGAGGAAGAGGGGCGGCUUCCUGGAAAGGUCAGGGGUCACACUAACACCCAAAAGUCAAACCCAGAGGGUGACGUUUGCGUGCUCGGUGUGUAAGUUCCGUUCGUUCUACCACGAGGACAUGGCAGUCCACCUGGAGAGCAAGUUCCACAAAGAUCACUUCAAGUUCCUGUCCAGUCAGCUGUCCAAACCCACCACAGACUUCUUACAGGAGUACCUGAACAACAAGUAUAAGAAGACGGAGCAGAGGACCAGUCAGAUGGAGAACCACUGUGCUGCCAUCUGUCAAGUCUACAAGGAACAGGACCUCACCAGGCGUAAGGACAGCAGUGUGUUUGUGGUGUCUGCCAGGGCUUCCGUUUGUCGCUAAUAGCAGGCUAUUGUGACAUAAUGCAUUUGAACUUUCCCACCAAUGAAAAUACCAGUGAAUAAACUGGUGAUUAAGAUCAGUUGCUGCUGAUUUGAAGAUCAGACGGCUGUUUGUUGCUGCUGAUUUGAAGAUCAGACGGCUGUUUGUUGCUGCUGAUUUGAAGAUCAGACGGCUGUUUGUUGCUGCUGAUUUGAAGAUCAGACGGCUGUUUGUUGCUGCUGAUUUAAAAUCAUGCUCUGUUUGAUAAGACCAGUUAUUGCGCAACAACAACCUACUUUGUAAUGAGCUGGAGGCCAUAUGAAUCUAUUGAAAACGUGUACUUCAUUCUGUGAAAUGUGUUUUACUACAUAUGGAGGCAUGUCUUACCUCGCUUCCAAGUAGCCAGAAUCCAACCAAACGUAACAGGCAGUUAUUUGAUAGACCUAUUGCCAUUGAAACCAGUAGCCCUUUUCUCCUGUUCUAUUGGUUGUCAAAUCUUGGAGAAGAGAAUUUUCACCUUUAUAAAAAAAAAUUUCACAUUUAUAACACAACAUUCCAUGUUAUUCUCGCAUUUGCAGACUAGUGUUUUAUAGAGUUUACUAUUCCUCGUGGUGAUUGGAUAGACAUCAUUUAGCCUAAUAGUAGUCGGCCUUAGAGUAGACACAGGCGAUUAUAUUACAUUUGUUUUCUCUUUUCUUUGCACAGGAAAAUGUUGGCCUUUUUUUCAUAAACACAUUUCAUGCAAUUCUACCAGACUUUGGAGACAUUAGCAGAGAGACUUUGGAGACAUUAGCAGAGAGACUUUGGAGACAUUAGCAGAGAGAC